AUGCGUAAACUCCACUUUGUUACAGGCUUGCUCUUCUUCCUGGAUCUGCUUCCCACCACGAAAGGGAGCACACGCGUUGGCGGCGGACUUAACGACUUGGCUUACUGGAAAAACUACAUCCCUCAUAUCCCACCUAAAAAUCCUCCUGGAUGGGUGCGGGAACAAAUUCAAAAAAAGCUUACUCUUCUCCAAAUAGCCUCCCAGGCACCUUCGUCAUCCAUUUCGCAGCACGACAGCGCUGCACAUUACGCUUCGCCCGCUUCAGUCUCUGCAGAUAUUGAGGUCCUGUAUCACCCCAAGGACAGAGCGUAUGAAUGGAUUGUGAACGAAAGCGAAGCGACACACCUGGGCAACGGAGGAGGAGACCAUGCUGCAGCUGAGGCAUGGACAGGCGAUUCACUGUCUCGUCCGUUGCCCGUCACGAAGCAUAUUCUUCUCUCCCAGCUUUUGAACGAUGAGUCAGUUGCUCCAGAUUUCGCACCAGAACUGGUUGGGGCAAGCGCAACCACAAAAAGACUGGAAACUAACCAGGGCUCUGUAGAUGAGGCCGAGCACGACACAAAAGGCAGCGCCAACAUCCCAUCGACUGCAUAUAGAGACGUCCACUACAUAGCUGGCGAGUCACGAGACGCUGAACCUCCUGUUGCUGCCAAACUCGCCGAUGCUCUGCUCCACAGCGUGGUCAUGCUGCCGAACGCGAGUGCCUCCGAUUGAUAAAACCGAGUGAAAACGGCGUAUCUGCGCAGCUGCACCACCGGGAAGUUCCGGCUGGGCGGGACGGGCGAGAGGAGGCAGACUAUCUAAUUCAGGUGUAACAAUGGAACCACCUGAAUAUCUCUGAAAUUAAAAUCUCAUGGUUCUCUUCGGUGCAGGGACGAACGCCAACAGUCCAUAAUGAAGCUGACAGUGUCCUGCAUUUGCGGAGGAGAGAUAAAUACCAAUUUAGUUUGGGCAUGUGCGGAGGGACGAACUUCACCUCCUUUCCUCGAAUGUUUUCCCACUACAGCGUGGGGAAAGGUGACCGUUUGCCACUUUUCCACAAUGCAGGGUGCCUUACGACAGACUCUUAAACGUGGAGGACCGCAUUCGUCGCUUUGGUCUUGCACUGAGGUCUGUCAACGUGUAUCUUGGGAGUUCGGAGGUCGUUAACUAAUGCGAUCCUUUAUUCCCGAGUGCCUGCCCACUGUUAUGGCGUUUUCCUCUGAGGCCCUCUCGGUGUUUUUUCCCGGGCUCCCAGGGAGUGUGAAACGAAAACACGACUUACUACCACACUUUUUAGCAAAGAAAAGUGGCUCACUGGGUAGAGAGGGGCUCUUGUAAAGAGCUGAAGACUGGAAAAGUGGAACAGAAUGUCGGCCCCGUCAUGAGCCAAAAGACAGCAUUGGAUCCUUUUUAACUUGUUUUACUAACGCCGUCACCCUUUCCAUGAACUGUUUGCCAUUGGUUUUAUGUGCUAUCCUCUUCCCCGACGAUUCUGACAACAGAAGCGCGUGCUUGGGAAAGACUUUUGCUUUCGUGUCUCUGGCA